GUUACCUUAAAUGGAAACUUCGCGUACCGCUCGGCCUAAUCUUUCAGCCGCUCACUUAAAACUGCGCUGCCUGCUACAAGCACCCAGGGACCUAUUCACCCCUCCUCACCCACCACUACCCUCCCCGUUCUCUUCAUACGACCGCGCGCCGAAUAAUGGCUUCCUUCUUUCACGACCGGUGUUCAGAUUUUUCGUCUUCUCUUCUCGGUUUCUCCGGUCUGCAGUGAUGUGUGUGUGUGUGUGCUUAUGCUGGUGUGUGUGGUUAACAGAGAGAGAGAGAGAGAGAAAGAAAGAAAGAGAGAAAGAGAGAAGCUCUAGCUAUUGUUUAUCCGUCCCAUGCCAACGCUGUUUUGCUUAGCCGCGUUACUUCAUCGCAUCCCUCGCAGUGUUGCCAAAAUAAGUGGUUUUUUUGAAGGAAUACAGAUAAGCGGUGGUAGGUUAAUUAAAUUAUCAUUCUUGUUUUAUAUUGAUCUGUAUUGCUUACUGCUACCCAGCCUAGACCAAGAGGUAAAAAAAAUGGCAACAGUGUUAAUAUGACACUUGUGAUUUACUCAAUUUAUUUCCUACGUCAAAAAAUAUACUUAAAGGAAAAAUAAACGAGCUAAACAAAGAGAUAAAUGACUGUACUGACUCAUAUUUAGUGACUAAGAAAAAUCCAUUUAAUUCCUUCAUUACUGUAUUAGUUUCAUCGAACAAGUUGAAUUGAAUUCAAUAACAUGCUGAAAGCAUAAUACAGGACUCGGAUCCACCACAGGCAAUGAAGUUUUCUUUGUAGAUGGAGUUCAGAGUUUUUGCGGUUACGUUAUCUAAAUAAUCCCUGUAAAAUAUUCUUUAUGACUAUUAUCUUUGAAAGAUUUGUGCAAUGGGAGUGCAUGACUUGAUGUAAGCUUUUGGACAUACGCCAUUGCUAAGCACAUGUAUGUCUGUAGAAGAAAACAACAAAAAAACAAAACACAAAAAACACAAAUUAAGCAAAAAUUGCUGUUGUCAACAGGAUAUAGGGCCCUGACACACGAGCGACCGAGUCGCGCGACUGAGACGCGCGACUCGGUCGCCGGGAAAUCGCUUGCCAUAAGAUAGCAUGGGCGUGGGUGAGAACCUGGCACACGGGCGACUGAGCGCGUCUCCAUCGCGCGUCUGUCGCCAGCAGACGCGAAUCCCCGCGACAGAUCGCGGCGACCAGUCGUGCGGGAGCCUUGCACACGGGCGACUUUUAGCCGCGCGUCCGAGCGACUGUCGGUCAGUAUCUGGUUGUAUGUGCUGGCGAGGAAGAUGGCGUUCGAUUGUGACCGUUUUAUAAUCGAAAUAGAAUCAAGGCCAGCUAUUUGGGAUUCCAGAUGUGAUGAGUAUGCUAACAAAUGCAAAAAGGGAAAGGCAUGGGAAGAGGUGUGCGAUAUGUUCGUUGAGAACUUCAAAGCCAUGGAUAGCGUCCAUAAAAAUAAAGCAGCUGCAGAUCUGCAACGGAAAUGGAAGAAUCUACGUGACUGUUUCAGAAGAGAACUGGCUAAACAGAGGAAUUGUAAAUCAGGUUCUGCAGCAGAUGGCAGGAAACAAUAUAUAUAUUUCCAGCAGUUAACUUUCCUAUUGCCAGUAUGCGACACCAAACCUACAACAGAAGAAUCUCCAGACUUGCACACGCAAGCCACACCCGCAGCAGCUACAUCUACGGCACCUACUUCUCUUAAAAGAAAAAAACCGUCACCAGAAACAGAAGAACUUGAGCUACUUCAGUCGCUUAGAAGAAAUAUGGAAAAACGACAUGCAGGUAGAGAAGAAGAAGACAGUGACAGGCAUUUCUUGUUGAGUCUUUUGCCGUACUUCAAACGUCUGCCAGACGAUAUGAAACUUGAAGUUCAAAGCGACUUUUUAAACACCUUAAGAAGGUACAAUCAGGUGUCAAUUUCUGGUCAUCGAUGUCCUUCUCAGACUUCUGUCUACCCUCAUUCUUCUCCAUCAGUGAUCACAGGCCCAUCAUUUGUUUCGCUUCCAUACCCUAGUAGUAAUACAAGUACCUCUGGAGUACGCAACCAACAAUUUACACCCACCAUCAGUCAGUCUUACAACUACGGGUCUCAUUCAACUUCAGAAACAUCGCAGUUAAUGAGUCAACCCCAGCAGCCGCUGCAAUGCCACGCCUUAUCACCAAUGUCACCAGCAGCUUCCUCAUCAGUAUCUCUCCAGUCUGAUACGUCAAGUAUUUGUGAAGACUAUUUUAACUGAUACCUAAUAAAUUAUAAGACAUGUGACCUUCAUGGAAAGAGCAGUUUCAGUGAAUAACAAAUAAAUAUGUUAUCUAACAAUUUUCUUCUAAAUUUAUGAAAGAAUUUAUUUUCGUGUGCAAAACGAUAAACAUUUAUGUGUUGGAUCUUUGAGACAAUAUCGUGUCACGUAAUAAUAAAUGUUACUUAUUUGGGGUAUGUUCAGAAAAUGUUUUUUUUUAAUAAUAUGAUAAUAAAUGCUUCAACUAUACCCUUAAAAUACAUGUAACUGUCUAAUUAAAUUAUAAUUUCAGCCGUAGCCAAACACAUUUCACUCCUGUGUUCCUUGUACAACUAUGAAAUGAACUAUUUGUCUGCUUAUACAAGUGUACCCACCUUAAUGUAAUUGCAAGUCUCUCUUCAGCAGGGAUACUUCUUCUCAUACUUGUGUCAACUUUUUCAAUGUGAAUUUUCAGUACAUCCAGAAGAUCCGAGAAAGUACUCCGAGACAUUCUGAAAUAGUUAAAAUAUUUCGAAUUGUCUUCUUUUAGCUCACUCAUAAUCGUAUAAAACUGGCCCCUUGCUAAGCGGUCUGCAGUUAUUGGGUGCAUCCAUAGUACACGUUGCCUGCGACGACGCCGGCGCCGACGGCAACGACGCCUUAGGACAAUGCCAAGAACUGUUUCUUCGUCGGUGUCCAUAUUCACAGUGAAGAGUGUGUCGCGUGAACCUGGCACACGAGCGUCUCGGUCGCGCGGCUGAGUCGCUCU